AUGGCCUGGCUAUUGUCUGGAUUGGUGGCUAUGCUGGUGCUCACUAUCAUGGCACCAUAUUCUCUGGCCUGCACCCUGCCUCAGACCCACAGCCAGGGGAACACCAGGGCCUUGAUUCUCCUGGGACAAAUGAGGAGAAUUUCCACUUUCCCCUGCCUGAAGCACAGACAGGACUUUGGCUUGGCCCAGUUGGAGUUUGAUGGAAAGCAGGUCCAGAAGGCUCAGGCUCUCUCUGUCCUCCAUGAGAUGACCAGGCAGACCUUCAAUCUCUUCACAUCACAGGACUCAACUGCUGCCUGGGACCACAGCCUGAUGGACACCUUCUGCACUGGCCUUAAUCAGCAGCUGAAUGACCUGGAAGCCUGCCUGACCCAGGAGACAGGGCUGGAAGAACCUUCCCUGAUGCAUGAGGACUCCAGAAUGGCUGUGAGGAAAUACUUCCACAGGAUGGCUGUUUACCUGAAGGAGAAGAGCUACAGCCCUUGUGCCUGGGAGGUUGUCAGAGCAGAAAUUGUCAGAGCCUUCUCUUUAUCAGAAAAACUGGCAAGAAAGAUGCAGGACUAA